UUUUAUCGCUCUAUCACCUUCCGGGAUCCACUUCACAUGUCAUGAUGGAUACGAAUAUGAUAAAAAUAUGGUAACUGUGCCGGCCAUUUUGCGGGCUUUACUAUAUCCACCCGAGACUUCUACCAGAGUAGCAAACUAACCAGCCUUCCCUUAUCUCUUCCCCCCUUACGCAAUAGAACAUCUGAUCUGUGCGAUCUGAUCACUUCUCACAAGUCUUAUCAGCCAACAUGUCAACACCAGCGAACAAGCAGACGUUCACCCUGAACAACGGGGUCAAGAUCCCCGCCUUGGGAUUCGGAACCUUCGCCAACGAAGGGGCCAAAGGGGAGACCUUCAAGGCUGUCACCAAAGCCCUGGAGGUUGGCUACAGGCAUCUAGAUUGCGCCUGGUUCUACAAGAAUGAGGCCGAAGUCGGCGAGGCUCUCCGCGCCUUUCUAGAGAAGAACCCGUCUGUGAAGCGUGAGGAUAUCUUCAUCUGCACCAAGGUGUGGCCUCACCUGAUGGAGCCGCAAAAUGUAAAGUGGUCGCUAGAGAACUCGCUCCAGAACUUUGGUCUGGACUACGUCGACCUGUUCCUGCUCCACUGGCCCUUCGCCGCCGAGAGCAACGACGACCACCUACCCAAGAUUGGGCCGGAUGGCAAAUAUAUCAUCAAUAAGGGUCUUACUGAGAACCUGGAACCGACGUGGCGUGCAGUAGAAGAACUCUACGAAGCUAAGAAGGCUCGCGCCAUUGGCGUGUCCAACUGGCCUAUUGCCCACCUUAAGAAAUUGCUAAGUUACGCCAAGGUCAAGCCAGCAGUCAACCAGAUUGAGGUCCACCCGUUCCUACCUAACCAGGAGUUGGUCGAGUUCUGCCUACAGAACGACAUACUGCCUGCGGCGUACUCGCCUUUGGGUUCUCAGGACCAAGUGCCUAAUACGGGCGAGAAGGUUCGCACAAACAAGACGCUCAACGAGGUCGCCGACCGCAGUGGCCACACCCUUGCCCAGAUAUUGUUGGCUUGGGGAAUCCGCCGUGGAUACGUAGUGCUGCCUAAGAGCUCGACGCCAUCGCGCAUCGAGAGCAACUUCGAAGUCCCGGAUAUUUCGGACGCCGAUUUCGAAGCUAUCAAUGAGGUUGCUAAGGGAAGGCACACGCGAUUUGUUAACAUGAAGGAUACCUUCGGAUACGACGUCUGGCCCGAGGAAGCCAAGAUCGACGGCGUUUCUGUAUAAGCGCUCAAUGCUUGGUUGGGCAGUCAGGUAAUUGUUCAACAGGAAACGUACGAAGGCAUGGCGCCAUAAAAUGGCAUAGUUGAGCGAGCGAGUAGAUUUACCCGUCGGUCUCUGCGAAGAGGCUACAUGCUUGUGGCAAGUUAGCAUGAUGUCUAAGAUGCAUACCCACGACCACGAGUUUUGGGUCUUUUUGGGCGUUGGCGAAUUAAAAAAGACGACCCUACCUAGGUAGAUGGAGGGAACGCGUGGGGUUAUUUUUAU